AUGGGGGAGCCUGGUGGAGCUGAGGAGGGGCUGGAGGGGGUCCCUGAGUCCUUGGAGAUCUCACAGCCCCUGGAGGUCCCUCAGCCCUCAGAGGUCCCUAAACCCUUGGAGAUCUCGCAGCCCCUGGAGGACCCUGAUCCCUCUGGGGUCCCUGAUCCCUCGGGGGUCCCUCAGCCCUCAGAGGUCCCACCACCCACGGGGGUCCCUCAAGCCCCGGAGGUCCGGCAGCCCCCGGGGGUCCUGCAGCCCACGCCGCCCCCCGAGGUGCUGGAGGGGAUGCUGAGCCGGCAGUUCGGGCCCCUGCCCCGCCUCGCCCCCAUCGCCCGCCUGCGCCGGGGGGCCCGCGGCGAGUACGAGCCCACCGGCGACCUGGCCGAGCUGCUGGAGCGGCGGCAGGCGGCCAACGCCAAGGAGAGAGAGAGGAUCCGGAACCUGAACAGCGGCUUCUCCCGGCUCCGGACGUUGGUGCCGCUGGUGCCGCGGGACCGCAAGCCCAGCAAGGCCGACACGCUGCGGGCGGCGGCCCAGUACAUCCAACUGCUGAGGGGACUGCUCAGGGACUGCCAGCAGCUCGAUGCUGAUGCUGAGCAGCAGUUGGGGGACACUGGGGGGGUCCCACCAGAGGGGCCGCCUGAGAACCCGCCUGGCAGUGCCCCCCCAUGCCCAUGGGGACCCCCUGUCCUGCCCCCCUGCCCUGGGGCUCUGCAAGAGAGCGGGGGGACGGUUUUUCCUGCCAUCCCCAAAAUUCCAGGGGGGUCCACGGGGGACCCCCCCUACGGUCACGUUCAAGGCUCCAGACACCAUUCUUGGGGUCACACUCCUGUCCCGGAGCCCUGCACCCCAUGAAACCAGCACCCCAAAACUGGGGGUGUGUGGGGGGGUGUCCAUCACCCCUAAAACGAGGGGGGUGAGGGGGGUAGAGCUGUAAUUAAUUGCUCUAUGAAAUUGUAAUUAGUAAUUAUCUGCCCCUCCCCCCCAGGUGAGGGCUGAUUAGUGAUUGUUAGUAUAAAUCCCAAUUAAUUGCGUUAA